AUGUUACAGAAGCAUGCAAGAACCUGCUGGAGACGGAGAGACCUGGUGAACGCACCCUCAGAACCCUGCCAGCAGUCGCCUGUCCACUUGGCUGCUGGUGGCGGCCUUGCUUGCUUUCUUCUCUGGCAGCUGCAAACAAGAGCUGACCUCAACCAACAGGAUAUUUUUGGGGAAGCUCCGCUAUACAAGGCAGCGAAAGUUGGGAGCCUGGAAUGCCUUAGCCUGCUGGUAGCCAGUGAUGCCCAAAUUGAUUUAUGUAAUCAGAAUGGGCAGACAGCUGAAGACCUAGCUUGGUCAUGUGGAUUUCUGGAAUGUGCCAAGUUUCUUACAACAGUUAAAUGUAUGCAGACUCUAAGACCAAGUUAA